CAGAACAAGAAUAAACUAAUUUUCCCUUCCGCUUCUUCUUUUUCUUUCGUACGAAAUUCCGACGCGUGAACCUUUCACGCGUCAAUUGGUAUCAGAGCCGGGUUUCGAGAGAAUCCAGGACUUGAACGAGAUGCCGCCGAAGAAGAAUACGUCGUCUUCUUUGGAAGCCGCCGAUGAUGUAGUCGGCUAGCAACUCUGGGAUGCGAUGGAUCGGGCCGCCGAUCUCGAUCAACAGCUGCGUGUCGCUGAGGAGGAUCGCGGUCAGCUCCGGGCCGAUGUUGGGAAUCUCAAGGACGGCCGACCGGCGCUGCAAAUCGAGAUUCGCCAGACGAGUAGAGGAAAUGCGGCACGAAUCGGAGAGGAACGGGGAGGCUUUGCGACGUGACCUCGAGGGCUUCAUGAAGAGGAUGGAAGCUCUAUUUGCCGAUAAGGGACGGGACGGCGACCGACGCACCACAGAUCAAAUCGCAACCGAGGAGAAACUCAAGGGGGUGGAGUCGGCACAGGCAAGCCCCAAGGGAGAGGGCCAUGCGAUCCUGCCAACGCCAUCGUCGAAAGGAUCCCGAUCCGGCUUAGGGGCAAGGACAACGUCAUUCCUCUCACUGAGAUGGCGUUGGAUAGUCUAGCCUUGGAUGACAAAGACGGCGGGGCCGCUAGGUCGAUCCUGAAGAUCAACGAACGACCGCGGCGUGAGACCAGGGACGAAAGCGGCAUGGGAUCAAAGGAGGACUAGGCAGGAUCGAAGGACGGAGGUUUCCGGGUUGAUGUCGGGAAGGCUCGCGAGAUAGGCCAACCUCAAAGCCGACUGGUCCUCGCAAUGCUCGAACCAGGCGAGCCUGGAGGUGGUCAAGGACGACGCUAGGGUCCGGUAGACGGGAGGGUUAGUUCGGGACCAAGCCAAACGGUCCGACCAUGCGGGAGCUCGAGAACCGGGACACUGGGAGGACUCGGGAAAGUGACGAGGC